GCCAGUGUGAAGUUGAUAUAAAAACAAGCGUUUGACAGUUGGCGGAAGGUCGGGGCGGAUUAACGUGAGCUGGACGUGACUGUUGCUGGACGACGACGUGUUAGUGACAUUAAGACUAGCUCAUUUUAGAGAAGCGUAGUGCUAACAAAUAGCCAUCAGGCUGCAGAGAAAAAAUAACCUAAUAAAAAACUAACAGGCCACUUCAAGAGACAUCUAAAAGAUUCAACUCGACGUCUAACCAGAAUGGGACCGUGGACAGUUUCUAACGGGACAGGCGAGCUUUGAGGAUGGGACUGACUGUUCUGAAGGGAAAACGUCUUUCUAGCCGCUUGAACUAUGCUAGCAGAGAUGGAAAGUGUAUUUUUCCACAUCUGGUAGGAAACCAAUAAUGCUGUACAGAGAUGUUGGAUGCCCAUACACGUCAGCAGCUCCACACACAACGACAGCAUUCAUACAUUUACACUCCAUUCACCGCACAGCUCAACUCCAACGCUAUUUAAUCAGCCAUGGCUCUCAAAUCGAGGAGACCGUGGACGACCGUGAUUUUCGGCGUCUUUCUCGGGUUCACUGCGUCCUCUUGGCUCAUUGUUCCUCAGGUUCUGGAAAGUAAAAGGAAGAAAUCUCCAGUGUGUGCUUACUACGGUGACUCUGCCGUCGGCAAAGUACCUGAGAUCCUCGGGAACCCCGCGGCUGUGAAACAUGAGGACGGCCCGCAGCGCAGUGAGGAGGAAGAGCUGAUGUUGAGUGCUGGGAACAGUAGCGGAGAUAACAGCAGACCCAUUGCCCGGCCCAAACAUUUCCUCUUUGUCGGUGUGAUGACAGCUAAAAAGUACCUGGGGACUCGCGCAGUGGCCGCGUACAACACAUGGUCGCAUUCCAUACCGGGGAAGGUGGAGUUCUUCUCCAGCGAGGGCUCUGGCACCGUCCGCCUGCCCGUCCCCAUCCCCGUGGUGUCUCUGGCAGGUGUAGACGACUCCUAUCCGCCACAGAAGAAGUCAUUCAUGAUGCUGAAGUACAUCCACGACCACUACCUGGAUAAAUAUGAGUGGUUCAUGCGGGCAGAUGACGAUGUUUAUAUAAGAGGUGAGAAGCUGGAGUUGUUCCUGCGGUCACUGAACAGCAGUAAGCCUCUUUACCUCGGCCAGACCGGCCUUGGCAUGGCGGAGGAGUUGGGUAGGCUGGCUCUAGAACCUGGAGAGAACUUCUGCAUGGGCGGCCCAGGGAUGAUCUUCAGCAGAGAGGUGCUACGCAGGAUGGUGCCUCACAUCAGUACCUGUCUCAGGGAGAUGUACACCACCCAUGAGGAUGUGGAAGUGGGCCGCUGUGUGCGGCGCUUUGGCGGAACACAGUGUGUUUGGUCAUAUGAGAUGCAGCAGCUCUUCUAUGAGAACUAUGAACAAAACAAGAAAGGUUUUAUUGAAGAACUUCACAGUAGCAAGAUCCACAAUGCCAUUACACUCCACCCAAACAAAAGGCCUGCCUACCAGUACCGACUCCACAGCUUCAUGCUGAGCCGUGAGAUCUCAAGGCUACGUUACCACACCAUUAUGCUCCACCGCGAAGGCCUGACUAUGACUCAGCUCAGUGAUACAGAGGUGCUAUGGGAGGACCAACAGCUUGGAGCCCCACCUUCCUACAUGCGCUAUCAGCCCAGUGAGAGAAAUUAUGUUAUUGAGUGGGAUUUCCUGACUCGCCGCCAUAUUUAUUCUGCUGUAGAGAACAAGAUGGCCCGCCAAAACCUUGGGAACUCACUGCGGACUGCACUAGAAGACAUUAUACUCCAGGUCAUGGAAAUGAUUAAUGAAAAUUCUAAAGCACGUGGCCGCGUAAUUGACUUUAAAGAGAUCCAGUAUGGCUACUACAGAGUGGAUCCAAUGCAUGGAGCAGAGUACAUCUUAGACUUACUGCUUCUGUACAAGAAACAUAAAGGACGUAAAAUAACGGUGCCUGUGAGGCGGCACGCUUACCUUCAGCAGUCCUUUAGCCGACCCUUCUUUACCGAAGCUGAAGAGUUAGAUGUGGCUGAACUCGUGGCUGCCAUCAACUCUGAAUCCCAAUCCCUGUCCUUCCUAUCCAACUCUCUGAAGUUCUUAUCACCUUUCCAGUUCUAUGAGUCAACCAGGGAAAUGUGGGAGCAAAGCCCGAGGAAGGUCAACAUCCUCGUCCCACUUUCUGGUCGCUAUGACACCUUUGUCCGCUUUAUGGAGAACUUUGAGAAAGUGUGUUUGAUACCCAAACAAAAUGUAAAGCUCACUGUCAUUCUGGUGAACAAUGAGAGUAAUCUGAACAGAGGAAAACACGUUCAGUUAAUCAAAGACUACUACAAGAAGUAUCCCAAAGCCGACCUGUCCGUGAUCCCCAUGACAGGCAACUUUUCACGAGGGCUUGCUCUAGAGCUGGGCUCCUCACAGCUCGAUAAUGACACGCUACUCUUCUUCUGCGAUGUCGAUCUCAUCUUUAGUGGUGAUGCCUUGCAACGCUGCAGAGACAAUGCUGUGCAAGGACACCAGGUUUAUUUCCCUGUUGUCUUUAGUCAGUACAACCCCAAGAUAGUGUAUGGUGAGAAGGCCUCAAGAGAAAACAAAUUUGUGCUGACCAAGAAAGGUGGUUUCUGGCGAGAUUAUGGCUUUGGAAUCACCUGUGUUUUCAAGAGUGACCUGCUAAAAGCUGGAGGAUUCGACACCUCAAUCCUAGGGUGGGGACUGGAAGAUGUCGACUUGUUCACUAAAGUCAUUAAUUCGGGUUUAAAAGUGUUACGCAGUCAAGAACCUGGAAUUGUUCACAUUUAUCACCCUGUCCACUGCAACUCUAGUCUUGAGCAGAAGCAACACAAAAUGUGCCUUGGGUCAAAAGCAAGUACGUACGCAUCGUCAAUGCAGUUAGCAGAGAUGUGGCUGGAGAAACACAUAGAGGUCGGCUAUAACAGAACUUCAUCCUGACAUUCUAGUCCAUCUGGAUUUCCCCUUGCAAGUUUACCUCAGUUCUGCUUGAAUGCAGACAGAAAUGGACUGUGUGUGUGUGUGUGUGUGUGUGUGUGUGUGUGUGUGUGUGUGUGUGUGUGUGUGUGUUUGUGUGAGCGUGCUGUAGUGUGACUGUGGAUUAGACGUCCUUUGACAGGAAAAUUUGACCCAGAAAGGAUCCAAAACUGUCCUCUGCAAAACAGAGAUGGACUAAACCAAUUAGAACCACGAGGACCUAAACCAGAAGUGACCUGACCACAGGUAGACCAGAACACAUUCAAAGAUUUCUGCACCUAAUUUGAUGAAAGUCUGUAUAAAACAAAGUAUCUGCCCCCUUAUCCAUUUCCAAACCUGUUGAUUGAAUACAAAUUGGCUGUUGAUUGGUACAUUCAACAUAGUACAUUUCACUUCAUUGAGUUAUUAUUUUCUGUGCCAGUGGUACAAAGAUAGAGUGGACAUGUAUGUGGGUGUUGGGAGUAGAAUGGUUUUAAUUUAGGGCUUGAGUUGGGCUUAACUCUAAUGCCAGUGUCAUUUUUAGACAUAUA